GGAUCCGGCAAGACGUACACUAUGGGCACAGGGUUUGACAGUGUGCUCAGCGCCGUCACAGACGAGAUAGGCAUCAUCCCCCGCGCCGUGGACCAUCUGUUCCUGGGCAUAGAGGAGAGGAGACGGCAGGCCUUUGAGAACGGGGAACCGGCGCCAGACUUCAAGGUCACAGCACAGUUCAUGGAGCUGUACAACGAGGAGAUUUUGGACCUUCUGGACACCACUAGAGACCCAGACUCUCGGGGUCGCAAGUCUCACAACCGCAUCCAUGAGGACGCCGGAGGGGGCAUCUAUGUGGUGGGAGUCACUACACGGCCUGUGGCCUCCCUGGAAGAUACCCUCCAAUGCCUCAAGUCCGGUGCCCUGUCUCGAGCCACGGCGUCCACCAACAUGAACGUCCAGUCAUCCCGCUCCCACGCCAUCUUCACCCUGCACAUACGGCAGCACAGAGUGGUCAAGGAUGAGGGCCCACCCCUUGAUGAGGGCAAGGACACAGACUCCACGCAGACCGAGUUCGAGACCCUGACGGCCAAGUUUCACUUUGUGGAUCUGGCGGGCUCCGAGAGACUGAAGAGGACGGGGGCGACGGGGGAGAGAGCGAAGGAGGGGAUCUCUAUCAACUGUGGGCUGCUGGCACUGGGCAAUGUGAUCUCUGCCUUGGGCGACAAGAUGAAACGAGGCAGUCACGUGCCGUAUAGGGACUCUAAGCUGACCAGAUUGUUACAGGACUCACUGGGAGGAAACAGCCGUACCCUGAUGAUCGCCUGUAUCUCCCCGUCGGACCGCGACUUCAUGGAGACCCUCAACACCCUCAAGUACGCCAACCGCGCCCGCAACAUCAAGAACAAGGUCAUGGCCAACCAGGACAAGACGAGCCGACAACUGGCCAUGUUGAGGCAGGAGAUAGCCGCUCUGACUCAGGAGCUGCAGGACUAUAAGUCUGGUCGUCGGACGGUGGACGCUGACGGCCUUGAGUGCGUCAACGACCUUGUGACGGAGAAUGCCAUGCUGCAGGCGGAGAACGACAAGCUGCGGCAGCGUCUGAAGGCGCUACAGGAAACGGUGGAGGGUCUCAAGGCGCGCAACUCUAAUCUGUUGUCUGAGGCCGCGCUGGCUUCUGUGCUGGGGGCUGAUGGCCAAGCCUCCAACGAAGACGUGUCUAACCUGAUCAAGAAAUACAUACAGGAGAUAGAGGAGCUCAAGUUAACUUUUUGCUUUGUGGAUGCUGCACAGGACAACGAUGACUUGGGUGAUGAGGAAGACGAUGACGAAGAUGAGGACGGAGACUCGCCGCCAGACAGCUCCUCAGAGUCCGAGGUGGAAGACAGAGAGUCUGACAACGUCCACGAGGACCUCUAUAACCUGACCUGUGAGAUCAGCAUCAAGCAGAAACUGAUAGAGGAGCUGGAGCAGACGCAGAAGAAGAUGAGUACACUCAAGGUUCACUACGAGGAUAAAGUUCACCAGCUGCAGCAGAAGAUCAAGGAGACGGAGAUGGAGCGGGACAAGAUACUCUCCAACAUCGGUUCGUCUGAUGAAGCAAGUGAAGGAGGAGGUAGACAAGAACAAGACGAACGAGGCGCGGCGCUCCAAAGAGCUGACUCAGCUAAAGAAGGAACAGCUGAGGAGGGAUAACAUCAUCAAGACUUUGGAGAGGCAGACAUUGCAGAAAGACGCUGUGCUCAGACGGAAACAGGAGGAGAUCUCUUCUGUUAUCACCAAGAGACAGACGAUCAGCAUGCUGGAGAGAGACAUGGAUGUGUGGCUGAAGCAAAGAGACAAGUGUACCAAGGAGCUGGAAAAGUACGAGAAGAAGAGGAAGGACGCGCUCAACUCUAACCAGCCGGAGGAAGUCCAGCGUAAGCUGACGCGUACCGUGGAGGGUCUGUCCUUGAAGGUGGAGAACGCUCAGGAGAACAUCAAUGAGUGUCAGUCUAACAUCAUGCAGAUGGAGGAGGCGAAGGAGGAGGGAGAGAGCAGUGUGGAGGUGAACUCCCUGUUGGAGACCAUGAGUCUUGAGGAAGCCAAGUACAUGAUUGAGAAACUGUACCAGAGGUCGCUGGAUAAGGCCCGACGGAAGACAGCCACUGCGCAGGACAUGCUUUACGCCACCGGAGGUGACCCCGCCCCCUCGCUACUUCCGGUCCUGGAGGCGCCCAGUGAGAGACCGAGCACGGUGGUCAACUGUGGCAG